AUGCGCAAACGGCACACCUCUAGGACUGCUUGUGAUCGGUGCUACAAGCUCAAAGAACGAUGUGAUCGCUCAGCUACUGGCGUUUCCUGCACGAGAUGCGAUCGAUUAACGCUCGUUUGUUCGAUCAAUCGCCCCGUUCGGCCAGCUGGCCGCAGACCGAAGCAAUCGGCCAGAUUGAUCGCCGAAGAUGCAUCACCCGGUUCCAAUGCAACCGGCAAACUGAAGAAGCCGCACAUGCCUAUCGAUGACUGGGUUACUGAUGGACUGAACAUCGACUCGCAAGAGAAAGAGCUGCUGAGGCUUCUUCUGAGCCAACCCAAGAACUUCGGGCAUCAUCUCGAUUUUGCGCUUGUUGCAUGCCACCAAUGCACGGGAGGCGACAGAAGCCUACACAGAGGUUUCCACUCGGAGAAACACCAAUUGUGA